AUGACAAGGGAUCAGAAUGGAACAUGGGAGAUGGAGAGUAACGACAACUUUGAAGGCUACAUGAAAGCCCUGGAUAUUGAUUUUGCCACCCGCAAGAUCGCAAUACAUCUGAUUCAGACGAAGAUCAUUGAACAAAAUGGUGAUAACUUUAAGACGAAAACCAACAGCACGUUCCGCAACUACGCCUUGGAUUUCACUGUUGGAGUGGAGUUUGACGAGUUCACAAAGGGCCUGGACAACCGGCAAGUGAAGAGCCUGGUGACCUGGGAAGGUGAUGUCCUUGUGUGUGUGCAGAAGGGAGAGAAGGAGAACCGUGGCUGGAAGCAGUGGGUUGAGGGGGACAAGCUGUACUUGGAGCUGACCUGUGGUGGCCAGGUGUGUCGUCAAGUGUUCAAGAAGAAGUGA